AUGAUCAAGCAGCAGCAACAGCCGGCCCCAGCGAACCGCAAACCUGCCUCGUCGGCCAUGGCUGUCUCCUCCCCCGGGAGCCCCAACGGAAACCCCCUUCCCCCGGCGCGAAGCCAAGAGCGUGCAGGCACCGGCAGGGGCAGGAGCAUUGUAAAAGGACUUCAGCCUCCGGUAUUUGAAGGCGUGUAUAAUAAUUCACGAAUGCUGCAUUUUUUAACUGCUGUGGUGGGUUCCACGUGUGAUGUUAAGGUGAAAAAUGGGACCACGUACCAAGGAAUCUUCAAAACCCUGAGCUCCAAGUUUGAGCUGGCUGUUGAUGCUGUACACAAGAAGACAAGCGAUCAAGCCGUGGGGCCAAAGCGUGAAGAAAUUGUGGACACCAUGGUAUUCAAAAACUCUGAUGUGGUGCUUGUGCACUUCCACAAUGUAGAUUUCAAUUAUGCGACAAAAGAUAAAUUUACCGAUUCAGCAAUCGCCACGAAUUCCAAAGUAAACGGAGAACACAAGGAGAAGGUUCUUAUGCGAUGGGAUGGAGGAGAAGGGAAUAGUGACGAUUAUGACCUGGAGUCAGACAUUUCUAAUGGAUGGGACGCGAAUGAUAUGUUUAAAUUUAAUGAAGACAACUAUGGAGUGAAGACCACUUAUGACAGCACCCUAUCCUCGUACACGGUGCCUCUAGAAAAAGAUAACUCGGAGGAGUUCAGGCAGCGGGAAGCCAGGGCUACCCAGCUCGCCCGCGAGAUUGAAUCAAGCCCGCAAUACCGAGCGCGGAUCGCCAUAGAAAACGAUGAUGGCAGGACAGAAGAGGAGAAGCACAGCGGUGUCCAGCGUCCUACAUCUGACCGGGACAGCCCGAGCUUUGGAUCCCGGGAUGCAAAGUACGUUCCUUUGCCUCAGCGCGUGAGGGACGGAUCACGCGGAGGACUCCGUACAAACUCUUCUAGAGGAGGGAGAUCAGGGAUGGGCUCACUACCUUCUCGUAGUACUCCUCAGCAUUAUCCCGAAGCCAGUUCCAGUCCUGUGUCUGAUCAAAGAGGCAUCAAUGGAGGGCCUUCACGGAUGUCUCCAAAAGCGCAGCGUCCAAUGCGGGGUAGUAAGACUAUGUCCUCUCCAUCCAGCCGUCCUAUAGAAGUGUCCACUUCCCCUUCAGCUGCCUCCCGUGUUUACACACCUUUGUCUCCUAAAUCAGUCUCCUCUGCUAGUUCUUUGGACUCCUCUUCUCAAGCUUCUACCCCGGACUCUCGCCCAGCAGCAGAAACCAGUGUUGUCAAACCCAGUUCUCCAAAGGCUGUCACUCCCACCAUGAUUGGGGAAGGUAAAGAUAUUCAGGUCUCUGUUGUAAAAGAGCCAAGCCGGACAUUAGAGCAGAGUGCACCUUCUGAUGCCAAGCCACCUCCUAAAGUGCUGCAAACGGACCAGAAGAGAAAUCAGCUCGAUGAAUUACGGAAGUUUGGAGCUGAAUUUCGGCUUCAGCCUAGCACCUGUCCCGAAUCAAACCUUGAAUCUUUCCAAUCAAGACAAAAAGAGCCCUUGGAAACAAAAAUCCCAAAACAAGAGGGGUCUUCCAGUGAUAGUACAGAACCACAAGAUUUGGGGCAGAAGGUUCCGGAGCCAGUGGAAGAGGUCAAAGAGGACAGAGUGUGCGAGACAAGUGAGCCCCAGGAGGAGGCUGGUAGUCCGGCAGGCAAAACUGAAGUAGAGGAGAAAGAGGAGCCAGUAGUCCAAGUAAAGAAAUCUACCUUGAAUCCCAAUGCAAAGGAGUUCAAUCCCAAGUCACUUCUAGCAGUGAAUAAAGUAACAAGCACACCUACGUCUCCUGGACCAAGGAACCAUUCGUCCACUGCCACUAUCCCGAUGCAGAGUGGGGUGUACAGUCCGUAUCUUCCAUAUAUUCAUCAGAUUCAUAUGAGUCCCGCUGUGCAGGCACCUCAGAUGUACCAGUAUCCUGUGUCCAACUCUGUGCCAGGUCAGCAGGGCAAAUACAGAGCAAAAGGCCCAACUCCACGAGCCGAGCAGCAAAGCGCCGCACCUCCCAUCAUGCAGGCCGCAGCAGCUGCUGGGCCUCCGCUGGUGGCAGCAACACCAUACUCCUCUUAUAUUUCAUACAGCCCUCAACAGUUCCCAGGGCAGCCAGCAAUGAUGCAGCCCAUGGCUCAUUAUGCAUCACAGCCUGUGUUCGCACAAAUGCUUCAGGGUAAUCCACGUAUGCUGGCAUCAGGAAACCACCCUUCUGCCUUAGUAUCUUCCUCCAACCCUCAAUACCCACCCACAGAACAGCCUACCCCCCAAACUCUGUAUGCGACAGUCCAGUCCUACUCCCAUCAUGCAGCUCAGCUACACCCACAGCCAGCCAGCACCCCCACUCAGAGCCAGCAGCAGUCUCAGCACGCCAAUCCCAGCCCUGUGCAGCACCAGGCUGGCCAGCCCCCUCAUCUAGGUAGUGCUCAACCCCAGCAAAAUCUCUAUCACACAGCAGCCCUGACAGCGACCCCACCCUCUCUGACACCUGGACCCACCGCCCAGUCUCCGCAGAGUAGCUACACCCAGCAGGCCGUGUAUGCAAUCCACGCCCAUCAACAGCUUCAGCAUAGCUUCACCAACAUGUCUCAUGUGGCACAGGCUCAUGUACAGACUGGAAUAGCUGGAGCCCCUCCUCCACACCCUGGUGCCCCUCACCCACCACACCCUGGUGCUCCUCAUCCUACACAAGUCAUGCUUCUACACCCCUCACAAACACAUGCUGCUCCCCCACAGGCCACCGUCCAACAGACAGGGGUGUCCACACCGUCUCCAUACACUUAUAUCCCACACCAUCAAGUUCAGUCCCAUCCGUCCCAGCAGCUCCCGUUCCACCCUCCCGGCAAUUGA